AAAUUAAAGAGAAAUAAAUAUAAUGAGUCUUAAUCAGAGCGAUCCAAUGUGGUCUGCGCCCGAGUGUGAGAUGUGUGCCAAUAAGGUGACCAAUUUUGUGAUCGGUCUUUGCCAGCGAUGCUCGGGUAUUUGGACAAGGGACAACAGUAUGAUGCUGAUGGACAUAACCAACGACCAUGUGGAGGCUGGCGUGGUCAGAAUGUCAAGUCCAAGCGAUGCUUACAACAACAACAUGGAUGCCACAUUCCAACGUGGCAUUCAACAAAUCAACCUAGGACGCACUCGCAAACUUCAAUUUUUUUUUAAAUUGCGAGAGAUAUUCCAAAAGAAUAUCCUAUUGCAUUAG